AUGAAUGCUGACGACAAUUUCCUGGCCAAUCCAAUUGGCCUCCUGGGCUCGAUGCCACGGAACAUCUGUGGGGGUUGUCACGCACCAAUCGAUGAGCGGGUGUUCUUGGCUGUCGACAACCAACUCUGGCACGCCGCGUGUUUGCGCUGCGAUACAUGCCGCAGUGACCUUCAGUGGGACCAAUCAUGCUUCAUUUACAAAGGUCGCGUUCUCUGCCGCGCUGACUACCAAAGCCUUUUCAUAUGCCCCGGUUGUGAUCGGAGACUCUCCGGGGAUGAUCUGGUCUUCCGGCUAGCCCAGACGAUUGUCUACCACUCGGAGUGUCUCCGUUGCCACACCUGCGGAGAGGUCUUGCACCUAGGCGACACCUACGUCCUGCUAGGGGGACGGAACGUGAUCUGUGCAAAGCACACAACGGAACCAGUGCCGACAACAAAUGGCAAAGUAGUGCACAAGAUCUGUGACGAGGUAGCGUACGCCAAUCAAAAGUCGACUGUUAUGCCAACAAAACGUGGUACGCAGGGGGCCCGCAAGGUUAAGAAGCCCACAAAAAGGUCGUCAAAGAAAACCCAAUUGGAUAAGCAGUUCAAUCAGAUCUCCGUCCCUCCUCUACCUUGUCUUCAACAGCAUCUACCACAACUACAGGAAGUAGCAAGCUGCACAGAUGCCAAUGACGAUCUCACUGCGCACUCCACUUCAGCCUCAGAUCUCCCCGACUCCCCCGAUGCUACCACCCACACCACCUCGGACACCGAGCCCGUCUUCGCCUCAAUCAGGGACAUAUUCCCACGAAACAGAGGCUCGGACAAUCCAACAUCGGCAUCGACAAUGGAGGACUGGUUUCCCGACAGACUGCAAGAAUGGCAACAGCAGCAGCAGACCAUAACACCCGCUCUGCAAGAUUCUACUCACCUCGGGGGAUGGAUAUUUGGAGUGUCAGCGGAGAUUCAGACGACGAACCUUCCGAUUCAAAUGACCUCCUGA